AUGUAUGAGCUGUGUGGGUCGUGUGUCAAUGGGAACGACCAUAGUGAAAGUGUUCACCAGAAGGACGACCUUGGUAGCGUUCUCCUGGCACCGCCAGUGUAUCUCCAUCGUCCAGCCCGCGAGUGUCUGUCUGUGUCGGCUCACACACGCGCACGCGCAACCCUACAUUGUCCACCCACCAGGUGGCAUGUGAAGUGGAGAGAUGCUGAGGCUAUUAGGGUAGGCUUCACGUGGUGGUGGGUGGCGUGGCUGCUAGUGGCAGUACAGAGCUGCCUGGCGGUGGCCAAGAUGACUACACUCUCUGUUAGCAGACAAUACCAUAUGUUCACCACAGAAUCCUUUGCGGUUGCAGGUGGCAUGUGA